AUGUCAAAUCUUGUUAGAAUAAAAGGUACCAAGAGAAGUGCUGGUUGGAGAUUGGUACAUAUUUACGGCAUGAAGAGGGUUUACUACACCGAUCCAUUCACCAGGGAAAGAGUGGAAAAAGUUUUUGUUGAGUACAAAGAAACGAGGUCAAGUAAGAAGUAUCAGAAAACAUCCGAAACUAGACCAGCCUUUUUGCUGGAGGAAAUCUUAAUGUUGAAGUCCUCCGGUAAGGAUUUGCGAUGCGUGUGGCUGGAUGAUAUUUACAUGGUGGCAUUGAAGGUAAUAACCGAUUCACACUUGGUGUAUGAUCCAAAAACAUUGCUAAAAAGAGUAUUUGAUAUCUGA